AAUGUCCCAAAGUGGCAAUGUCACCCUUCCGUGGACGAGCCGAGGACGACUGGUGGCCUCCUGGUCGACUACUGUACCACAGAGACCCUUUAGCAGCUGGAUUUUUCUCUCUGCUCUCUCUCCUCCUUCGUCCUUCUCUGCUCCCCUCUGUGCAAAAGAAAAAGGAGUGCCGCGGGUGGGAGGCGGUAGCUAUCGCAAGCGAGCGGAAAAGAGGGCACAUGCUAUAUCUCCAGUCGUUGUGUAGUCCGACACCCUACCUUCAUCGAUUUCUAGGGUUUCUGAGUUGUUUUAGCCGUCGAUCUGUUCUCCCGCACCGAUCUGCUUUCCUGUGGCGCUUUGGCGCUGGAGGGUCUUCGAAAUCUUAGCUAUCUAUACCGUGGAUGUGAGAUCUCCGGUUUUGUUCACUCGAGAUGGCGUCUUCGGAAGCUUCCGUGAAGACUAGUGGCGCCAAUGGCCACGGAGAUAGCCUCUCUUCGUCCUGCACGGAUCGUCUGUCCAUCGGCAAAGAGGCUGAGGACUUGCUGUACAACGAGCUCUGGCACGCGUGCGCCGGCCCGCUUGUGUCGGUCCCGCGCGUGGGUGAGCGGGUGUUCUACUUCCCUCAGGGUCAUAUAGAGCAGGUGGAGGCCUCGACAAAUCAGGUGGCCGACCACCAGAUGCCGGUUUACAAUCUUCCUUCCAAGAUACUCUGCCGUGUGGUGAACCUUGAGUUGAAGGCUGAGUUGGAUACCGAUGAGGUUUAUGCUCAGAUAACACUAUUCCCUGAGCCAAAUCAAGAUGAGCAGUCCACUGAGAAGGAGCCCCUGCUGCCGCCGCCAGCAAAGCCUCCUUCCUAUUCAUUUUGCAAAACUCUGACUGCGUCUGAUACUAGCACACAUGGGGGAUUUUCAGUUCUGAGGCGGCAUGCAGAUGAGUGCCUUCCUCCUCUGGAUAUGGCGAGGCAGCCUCCUACGCAAGAGCUUGUGGCAAAGGAUUUGCAUGGAGUUGAGUGGCGCUUUCGUCAUAUUUUCAGAGGUCAACCUAGAAGGCAUCUGCUUCAGAGCGGGUGGAGUGUCUUUGUGGGCUCCAAGAGGCUUGUCGCCGGUGAUGCUUUUAUUUUUCUGAGGGGUGCAAAUGGAGAACUACGAGUAGGUGUGAGGAGAGCAAUGAGGCAGCAGACCAACGUGCCUUCCUCAGUCAUAUCUAGCCAUAGCAUGCAUCUUGGUGUUCUUGCAACUGCUUGGCAUGCUAUUUCUACUGGCACUAUGUUUACUGUGUACUAUAAACCGAGGACAAGCCCUUCUGAGUUCAUCAUUCCAUGUAAUCAGUACAUGGAAUCUCUAAAGAACAACCAUUCCAUUGGGAUGAGGUUCAAAAUGAGUUUUGAAUGUGAAGAGGCCCCUGAGCAAAGGUUCACUGGCACGAUAGUUGACAUAGGAGAUGUUGAUUCUAACAGUUGGCCUGGUUCAAAAUGGAGAUGCCUUAAGGUGCGCUGGGAUGAAAAUUCUUCUGUUCCUCGUCCUGAAAGAGUUUCCCCCUGGCAAAUUGAGCCCGCUAUGACCCCUCCAGUUAACCCUCUUCCAGUUCCAAGACCGAAAAGAUCUCGAGUGAAUGUGAUCUCCUCUUCUCCGGAGUCCUCUGUCCUUACCAGAGAAGGGACAUCUAAAAUGGCUGCAGAACCUUCCCUGAUCCAUGGAGUUGCAAUGGAAGCACAAGGAAAUGACUUUGCGAGCAUGAGAAACAACUUUGAGAGCAAUUUGUCUGAUCCUGUUUUGAAGUCUAUUGUUUGGCCUGCAAACCACAUUGAAGAAAAACACCCUAUUUGUGCCCAAAAAAUAGUGGGUUUAGAUGGUUGGAUGCAAGUUGGUAUGCACGAAACUUCUUAUACUGACAUGCUAUCUGGAUUUCAGACUUCUGAUGAUCUGCAUCAUUUUGGUUUGCCAUACUUUGAACAUACUUCCGCUGAUCCAAAGCCUCCGAAGAGCUGUUUAUCAGGUCAGAAAUGUGAACUAAACUGGCUUUCAGGACAUUUGUCUUUAAUGCCAUCUCAUGCAUACCUGAAUCUGGAAAGAAAUAUGUCAGCUAAUUCCACUGAGCUGACUAAUCAUAGAAAUCAAAAUAUUGGAUUUUGUCGGGUGGAAGGGCACCCUGUGAUACAGCUUCUGGGCUUCGAACGUCCUCAAGACUGUUUCACAAAACGCCUGAAAUCCCCGUUAGCAGAAAAGUUAUUACAGACAUGCUCGCCAAAAUCACAGCCUUUGAAGGCAGCCCUCAAUGAAAAUGAAAAUGAAAGGGCUAAAGAAGGCUGCAACUACAAGCUCUUUGGGGUUGAUCUUAAUGGGAGUCCAACCUCAGAACCUGUAGUACCAAAGGUAAAUUUGCAUCAAGUGCAAGAAGUGCUUAGUCAGCCAGCUGUCGUCGGAUUGCCUCACCCAUAUGUUUUUGAAUCCGACCAACAUUCUGAGCAUUCAAAAGGUGGAAAAUCGAGCGACACUGCCUUAGCAGAGAAAUGCCAUCAAUCACAACCUGCUAAAGAUGUACAAAGCAAGCCUCCGACUACUCCUUCAGUCAGAAGCUGCACUAAGGUGCAUAAGCAGGGUAUUGCUCUCGGGAGGUCGGUGGAUCUUGCCAGGUUUAGUGGAUACAUUGAACUUAUUGCGGAGCUGGAUAAAAUGUUUGAGUUUGGAGGUGAAUUGAUGUCUUCCAAUAAAAACUGGAUGAUUGUAUAUACUGACAAUGAGGGCGAUAUGAUGCUGGUUGGAGAUGAUCCAUGGCAGGAAUUCUGUAGCAUGGUUCGAAAGAUUUACAUAUAUACCAAAGAGGAGGUUCAGAAGAUGAACCCUGGAACACUCAACCCAAUAGCUGAUGAUAAAUUGCCUUUCGUGAAGGAUAACAUGGCUGAAAUGGAAUCUAAGACAUCUCUGUCAACCUCAGAAGCUACUGCGAAAAGUGAUAAAAGCUUUUCCUAGAGGUUCAGUGUUGGAAGAAUUGAAGUGUAAGGGAUGGUGUGGAGAAGAAAACUGGGUAUCCUUUUUUAAAAUGCAGUUUUGGGUUUUAGCUUUGGUUACUUUUGUUUUUUUCACAUUAUCUGCUGCUUCGGUUGCUCAGUCGGGUCCUGUAAAAAAAGCGUCUUUCUCUGUGGUUUUUGUAGAAGGUUAAUGGGGCUGUGUUAAUAGCUAUUGAUGAUUACCACCUUCACAAACCAUAUGUAAAUAGCGCGCGUCUUAGUAGGUCUCCAAUAUAUAAAUAUAUAUAUAUUAUUAGUAGGUUUCCGACUGCAUAAUAAUAUUUUGCGCAUUGUAUGGGAAGGGAGAGCAGGUGGUGGUUUUGAUUGAAAGCAAUCAAAAGGGGUAACUGUAGGUUUUAGCUGAUGAAUAUUUUGACAAUCGUUAAGAUUGUGUGUUUACAUUUUUGUUUAUAUUGAGUUUUUGUGCAUAGCCAUCUGCACCUUCUAAUCUUUA